UACCGAUAAGUAGCACUAUCCAAUUCCAUAAAUUUUGGUACAACACAACACAUGCAUCCCUGCUUAAUUAACGAAUCAACUCUCACAUUUCCCAAUUCCAGAACUCAAUUUCAGCUGCAUUGAUUCACCAUUCACUUCUCCACAAUGACCACGGUGGCCAAGCUCCCCCUUCCGCCGCUCGAUUGCCACAACCACUCCCUCCAACCGCCGCUGUCCCGGAUAAUUCUCCGGGAUGCGGUGGCUGUGAAGGCUCGCCGGAGAAUUUCGAUUCGGCCAUGCAGGUCGUUCAAGUCCGAUCAGGAGGGUUCUGGAUUUGGAGAGAGAGAGAAGAAAGUGAUGGAGAGUAGAGAGGAGAAAAGCGUCAACAAAUUUGUAGAGGGGAUUAGAGAUGCGGUUUGGAGAAUGUCGAAGCCGAGUUUGCGAUCGGAAUUGAGGUUUAGUGAAGCCAUGGAGAAGUUGGAAGAAACUUUGUUUUCUUGGUCUAUGCACAUUGGAAGAUAUAUUGUGACAAUGUUAAGUACUGGAGUUAUACUGCUUAUCGGGUUUCAGUUGUCAGGUGGGGAUGACCAAAUGAAUGCAUUAGUUUGGUAUAGCUGGCUUGGGGGGAUCAUUAUUGGAACAAUGAUUGGUUCCAAUAUGGUCUUGGAGGAAGUCAGUCGAUCUGGCCCUCGCAAUGUUGUUAUAACUGGAAGUACUCGAGGACUUGGAAAAGCUCUAGCUCGUGAAUUCAUACUUUCAGGUGACAGAGUCAUAGUAACUUCUCGGAGCGCUGAAUCUGUGGACAAGACCGUCAAAGAACUAUCAGAGAAUCUGAAGCAGGUUGUAGUGGUUACAGGUGGAUCAUCUAGGAAACAUUUAAGACAUGCAAAAGUUGUGGGAAUUCCAUGUGAUGUCUCUAAUCCCGAAGAUGUUAGCAAAUUAGCAAAUUUCGCUGUGAAUGAACUUAGCUCCAUUGAUAUCUGGGUAAACAAUGCAGGGACAAACAAGGGGUUCAGGCCCUUGCUGCAAUUUAGUGAUGAAGACAUACAACAGAUUGUGUCUACAAAUUUGGUUGGGUCAAUACUUUGCACUCGUGAAGCAUUACGAAUCAUGGGCAGCCAGAGAAAUGGAGGUCAUAUUUUCAACAUGGAUGGAGCAGGAUCUGGGGGAUCCAGCACCCCACUAACAGCCGUAUAUGGAUCGACAAAAUGUGGUCUUAGGCAGUUUCAAUCGUCACUCUUGAAGGAGAGCAAAAAAUCGAAAGUCGGCGUCCACACAGCUUCACCAGGCAUGGUACUGACUGACUUGCUAUUAAGUGGUGCAAGUGUGAAAAACAAACAGAUGUUCAACAUUAUCUGCGAGCUUCCAGAGACAGUUGCUAGAACUUUGGUUCCACGAAUGAGGGUUGUCAAGGGAAAUGGGAAAGCCAUCAACUAUUUGACACCACCAAGAAUUUUACUCGCUCUAGUCACUGCAUGGCUAAGACGUGCUCGCUGGUUUGAUGACCAGGGACGGGCACUCUAUGCUGCUGAGGCAGAUAGGCUCCGCAACUGGGCUGAGAGUCGAACCCGUUUCUCAUUCACUGAUGCCAUGGAGAUGUAUACCGAGAACACUUGGGUGUCUGUCUUUUCACUUUCCGUGGUUUGUGCCUUCAUCAUCUUGUCAAGUACAAGUAGUACAAUGCCGGGGACCUGAUGAGAAGUGCUCACACCCAACACGAGAAUGGAUGCCGGUGCUCUAGAGAAGCUAUUCUUUUAAGACAAAAGUAGAACAGAAAGUACGAGGGGUUGCAUAAUUAUUUUAGUCCGAUGGUAUUACAAUGCUUUGUAAUUACAUUGUGCAUGGGAGGGAAUCACCGUCUAUUUACCUCCAUGUGGUUAGCAGAAUGCAUAUAUGACCAUGCUUAUCUCUCAUCCCAAAAACCAAAAAAGGUGAAUGGGGAAACACUGAAAAAAAUGUAAUACUCAACUAUAUUUACAUUAAGUCGGAUUACGACUUCAUAUGACAAGAAAGAUGGUAGUAAGACGUGUAUAAAUGUUGUUGGAUUUCAAAAGAGACUUUAUUGUGCUAAAA